CCAAUCUAAUUUUUAGGUAGUUAUAUUCAAAGAUGAAGAUUAAUCCCUUAAAUGUAGCGAAUUUAUUACUAGCGUAUUUUCAAACUUUACAAAUACCCAAUAGCGUGACGAAUUAUAAAGAAAUUGAGUUGUCAGAAAAAUUGAAACAAAUAUUAAUCGAUGCAAGAAAUGACUUCAAUGAAGUUGAUACGAUUGUUGAGGAUACUUUGGAUUUUGAGGAAGAAUAUAAGGAUUGUGAUGCUGAAAUAGUUGAGGAUGAAGUUCAACAUCAUUUUCCUGAUCCUGACGUUGCACCAACAAAUCAGUGUACGAAAGAUACUGAAGACAUCAAUUUUGAUUACAAACAAAAAGCUGUAGAAUAUUGGAGAAGUGGGAAAAAAAACUUAAGUAUUGAAACAGCGUAAAGAAGAUUCAGAAAAGUCUCAUC